AGCAGCGGCGGGGAAAGCGGGGCUCGGACGGCGGCGGGUCGCGCGCUCCUGGGCUUUUUUUCUUCUACUUUUCCUGGCGGCGGUCAGUCCAGAGUUUGGGCUCCUCUCCUUCCCUCUUUUCCCCUCGGAGCCCGCUUCUCCCCCCGCCCCCCCCACUCCCAGUGUCUCCCCACUUGUGUGCGCAAUUUGUCGAGGGGGAGAGGUGGCCCAUGGGGAUGUCCUGUUUCCACCAGACACACCGCGCAAAGGGGAAACUGAGGCAUUGGAAGCAAGGAGAGUAAAGAACCGGUUUCGGGACGCGCGGAUUCGCAGCUGGGACAGACAGGAACUUCGGGAGCCCAGGCGGCCGGAGUGACGGGAGAUAGUCCACUUUUUAAUUGAAGGGAGCUGCCUCAACUUGGCUGUAUCAGGAGCAGUGAGCAAACCACAUGGAAGACUCCCAGGAUUUAAAUGAGCAAUCAGUAAAGAAAACGUGCUCAGAAUCCGAUGUUUCAGAACCUCAGAAUUCCAGGUCUAUGGAAAUGCAGGACCUAGCAAGUCCUCACAGUCUUGUUGGCAGUAGUGAUACUCCUGGUGGUUCCAAACUGGAUAAAUCCAGUCUCAGCAGCACAUCAGUCACUACAAAUGGGACAGGAGGGGACAACAUGACUGUUUUAAAUACAGCAGACUGGCUGCUGAGUUGCAACACUCCUUCUUCUGCAACAAUGUCUCUUCUUGCAGUCAAAACAGAGCCCUUGAACAGCAGUGAAACCUCAACCACGACUGGAGAUGGAGCGCUUGACACUUUUACUGGGUCAGUAAUAACAAGUAGUGGUUACAGCCCCAGGUCGGCGCACCAGUAUUCCCCACAGCUGUACCCUUCCAAGCCCUAUCCACACAUUCUUUCUACACCAGCAGCUCAAACAAUGUCUGCCUAUGCCGGCCAGACUCAGUAUUCGGGGAUGCAGCAGCCCGCAGUCUACACAGCCUACUCACAGACAGGACAGCCCUACAGCCUGCCCACUUACGAUUUGGGAGUGAUGUUGCCCGCCAUCAAGACAGAAAGUGGACUGGCCCAAACUCAGUCCCCAUUACAGAGUGGCUGCCUCAGUUACAGUCCAGGCUUUUCCACUCCCCAGCCAGGCCAGACUCCUUACUCUUACCAAAUGCCAGGUUCUAGUUUUGCACCAUCAUCUACCAUUUAUGCAAAUAAUUCAGUUUCCAACUCAACGAAUUUCAGUGGUUCACAACAGGAGUAUCCACCCUACACAGCCUUUGGCCAAAACCAAUAUGCACAGUAUUAUUCAGCAUCGACAUAUGGAGCCUAUAUGACAUCAAAUAACACGGCUGAUGGCACAUCAUCAUCAACCUCAACCUAUCAGUUGCAGGAAUCUCUCCCAGGACUGACUAGCCAACCAGGUACAGAUCUUCACCCAGGAGAGUUUGACACGGUUCAGAGCCCUUCCACGCCUAUCAAGGAUCUUGAUGACAGAACAUGUAGAAGUUCUGGCUCAAAGUCUCGAGGAAGAGGCCGAAAAAAUAAUCCUUCCCCACCUCCUGAUAGUGACUUGGAGCGUGUGUUUGUCUGGGAUUUGGAUGAAACCAUCAUUGUUUUCCACUCGCUUCUCACAGGGUCUUAUGCACAGAAAUAUGGCAAGGAUCCCCCGAUGGCUGUGACCCUGGGUCUCCGAAUGGAAGAAAUGAUCUUUAAUCUGGCUGAUACACAUCUGUUUUUUAAUGAUUUAGAGGAGUGUGAUCAAGUUCACAUAGACGAUGUUUCCUCUGAUGAUAAUGGGCAGGACUUAAGUACCUACAGUUUUGCAACUGAUGGCUUCCAUGCAGCUGCAAGUAGUGCAAACCUUUGUUUGCCAACAGGUGUAAGAGGAGGAGUGGACUGGAUGAGGAAGUUGGCUUUUCGUUACAGAAGAGUGAAAGAAUUAUAUAACACCUACAAGAACAAUGUCGGAGGACUUCUUGGCCCUGCCAAGAGGGAUGCAUGGCUGCAGUUAAGGGCAGAGAUUGAGGGGCUGACAGAUUCCUGGCUCACAAAUGCACUUAAGUCUUUAUCAAUUAUUAGUACUAGGAGUAACUGCGUCAAUGUCUUGGUUACAACAACCCAGCUGAUCCCAGCACUAGCAAAGGUUCUUCUGUACAGUUUAGGAGGUGCUUUUCCCAUUGAAAAUAUCUACAGUGCAACAAAAAUAGGAAAAGAAAGUUGCUUUGAACGAAUAAUGCAAAGGUUUGGCAGAAAAGUAGUGUAUGUUGUAAUUGGGGAUGGUGUAGAAGAAGAACAGGCAGCAAAAAAGCACAACAUGCCGUUUUGGAGGAUAUCAAGUCACUCGGACCUUUUGGCUCUCCAUCAAGCACUGGAAUUAGAGUAUUUGUAACUGUGUUCUCUAGUUGGGGAUCCAUUUUAUAUACAUAUACAUAUGUAUAUAGAUAUAUUUCAAGUACACUGAAUUUUUAUGUGUGUUUCAAUGCCUCUGGCUCUACACAUAUAAAUUGUCUUAAAGGAUGAAAUAUUUGGAAUGGAAAUUCCAAAAUGAAGAAUUCAGAUUGUUGAAUGAAAUUCAACUUUAGUGCUACAGAAACAAAACUCAAUGGUCUUAUAUUUACAACACUUUAAUGGUUUAUUUAAAAAACAAACACAUACAACGAUGACGACAACAACAACAAAUCUGUGGAGGUUGCUGCACAGCAAAUGCAUCCUAACUGGAAUUAGCUUUAGCAAAGAUCUCACCCUCUCACGCCACAGCAUCUGUGCUCGGUCUGACAAGGUGGUCAACAACAUUCCUCAACAUGAGAACGUUUCUCAGCCCUGAGGUUUGAACCUGACUUUACUCUACCUAGCCCAGAAAAUCUGAAUUGGAAUGCACUCCGACUGUAUAAGGACAGUCCUCUCUAGACCUGUAAUUUGUGUAAAUUAUCAAUGGAAAUAAUUUACUGUGACUUAGUAGCAGCUGACUUUGAAAGUGGAUGCAAUUUUUCUUUCAUUUGUUGGGGAGGGAAAAUGAGGGGUCAUGGGAAUAUAAUAUUGUCUCUUUUUUAAGUUUGGCAAAACAGAAUGUUCAUACUGAUGUGUUGUGCCUUAAAGACAAGACAGAGUUCGUGUGUUCCUAUGUAACUUUGCUUAAAAAUCUCUGUAGAUAAUGAAAAAUAAUAACAAAACCAAAAUGAAAAAAAAUGUCUGUGAUAAUUCUUAACAUGACCAAAUUUAAAAUUCAAGCUAUCAGAUAUCAAGAAGAUACUGAGUAUUAGUUGCAAUAAGAAACCAGUGCAAGAAUAAAUGAAAGCCUGUGUUUCCUUUGGGUUCUUAAUAAUUCCAAUAAUUGUAGGAGGCAUCUAUCUGUGCAUCCAAUCAUAAGCAGAAGGAUCUGCAGAGAUAGUGGAGCCUGUACUUAAAAAGUUAAGUGUAGGUUAAAGUCUCGAGGAUCCUUUCUUCCUUUCUAUAGUUUUCUGGAAGAAAACUAGGAGCCAUAUCCAGGAAAAUUUGCACAGUAUUGAGUUUGUGACAUUUUGAUAUAUGUAAAUUGCAUUGAGGAAGAUAUUAUCAUACAAAUCAUUAACAAUUAUCACCCAAAUUAUUUUUGUAAUAUGCCAUGGAGAUAGCUUAAAAUUCAUAUUGUGUGAAUGGGGCUUAAAAAUAUAGCUAAUACCACUGCACAAAAUGACAUAUCAUAGUAACAGGCAGAUGUACCCGAUGGCUUCUAAGGGAAGAAGUGAAUCUAGGAAAAUUUUACCUUGACUAGACCACCAGAGAAGAAAUUAAUAGGUGGACUGGACCUUGGCAGCAUUACCAGUUCACAACCGUGAAAUAGUCUGUUUCUCAGUCUUACUACAUCAAUCCAAGGGCUCCCCAUUACAGAUUUGCAUACAUCAGUUUCGGCUUGUACUGUUUCUGGGUAAUGGGUCGCAUUCAUUGCAGUGAGAACUUGUCAUCGUCCUUGUGUUUGCAUGGUUUUUUUUUUCUUUCUUGGUGUGUAGCCCAUGUUGGGAACACGAUACAGGUUCUCCUGCCAUUUCUAUGACAUGAUUUCCCCUGUGGAAAUUUAAGGUUCAGAGAUCUAGAGUAUUCUAAUGGUGUCUGCACCUACAUUUCUGUGAUUAAAAUGUCAUUGUAGAGAUCUGCAACUCCAGUGAGUGAUGAGUUAGCCUUCCCAGCCAGAGAGGCUGGUUUAUAGUAGUUCAUGGACUGAGACUUCCGUGGCUUAAAUACAACCUACACUUUGCUCACAGAUCACUGUGAAUAUUCACUGGGAAAUAUGAUUGUACUCUUCAUGCUAUAAACUUGUAUUUCUUCAGUGAAUGCUAAGUCCAUAUGGAAGCAGAAAGAUAAUGAGAUACUGAUUUUGCAUCAGACUGUGAUUUCAUGGUAUAAAUUUAUUUAAAGGGAGUGGCUUCUGGCUACCUCAGCCCAAGUACUGUGGCAGACAAAUUAUGGUUGGAAGAACUUUAAUAAAUAAAUAAAUAAGAAAUCUUACUUCUGUUGGCCUUUAACUUGAAAAUGGCUUUGAAAAAAUGAAGGCUUGCAUUCAUUAUCAAUACUUAUGUUAUGCACUAAAACCCCAGAUAUUUAUUACUGUGAAUAAAAUGAAAUUAUUUCACUUCGUAACCAGCUUCUUCCAAUAAGAGAACAGGGUAUUACAUCAAAAUUUUUUAUUCCUUUUUCUAUCCACCAAGCAAGGUUUCUCAUGUUGCUAAACCUGCAGAUGCAGAAAAACCUUGACAAAGAAUGAAGAAAAGGUGGCGGAUACCAUCUGCCAGUGCUGUUUCUCACACACCUAUUUGUCUUUUAGUAUGUGUUCAGAAGAAGAUGUCAGCAUAAAACCUGAACUCGAGGUUGGUCAAUGCAGAACAGCUUGUCUAGCACAGCAAGCCUGGGUACCACGUGAUCAUGUGGCUUUGAGCAUGCUCAAACCAUUUCCACCUUAAGAACAGAAAGUAGUCUUCCUGUCUAGUCAGAAAACCACACACAAUAAACCAACAAACAGAAAACCAGCCUUUUGUUAGUUCCCUCAUUCUAGUUACAUGUAGCAAAUUGUGCCUUACAGUAAACUGGUUUGAAAAUUGUUCUAAUCGCUUAAAUGUGUUUCCAGUUAUCACAUGUUACACACUUGGUAUAUUACUAGGAAAGACAACCACCUUGUGUGGCACCUUAACAAUAUGAAAACUGUGUGAUUGCAGCAAUGAAUUUGGUAGCCUGUCUACAAUAUUAGAGCAUAGGACCCCUAUAAAAAUGUGUAAAUCAAAUUCAGAGGCAGAAAAGAUAUCUUUAGAAUCAUACAAUGUAUGCACAGAAAUAGGUGAUAAUUGUCUGGACAUUUUCUUCGUUGGUCUCUGGAGAGCUAAGAUUCACAGUAGUAUGAACAGUGCUCGACUCUGAAGUCGUUUGUGUAAAGCACAGCUGUUUAUGACAAGCCUACGUUCUUGUGAGUAUGGCGUUUAGUACUUCUUUUCAACACAAAGACUUAAGCAUCAUGAGCCAAAGUUACAUUUUGACUCGAGCUAUGGGAGAUCUAUGGUGAUCUUACCAUCAAAGGCAAGGGUUUCUGUUAUGUAUUAGUUAAAUAUAGAUUUCUCGGGGCCUACAUAAUUUAAAGAAAUGUAAAUUAAUAUUAAAAGCUUGUAAAAAUAUGUACAUCUUUACUUUUUCUCAAAUAAACACCUUUGCAAAUGUU